AUGGAGGACAAUAUUGAUGAAGAUGAUGAUAUUUCAGAAUGUCAAUCUGAAGGAGGAGAUAAUGGAAGUGAUGAGGAUGUGGACAAAAAGAUCAGAUUUGAAGUUGGUCAAGAAUUUAAGAAUGUGACACAUUUUAGGGAGGUACUAGUUGAUUAUGAAGUACAAGAGGGCUUCCAUGCAUUGAGACAAAAAAAUGAGAAAUCCAAGGUUACUGCAAUCUGUGAGGGGAAAGGGUGUAUAUGGAAGAUCCAUGCAUCACCUCUGGCUAGGGAUGGGAUCACAUAUGUGAUCAAAACACUUAUUGAUAAGCACACUUGCAAGAGAUCUGGGGCAAACAAGCAUAUAAAUUCAGUAUGGAUAGCCAAGAAACUUGCUCCCAACCUGAGGGUAAACCCAUACAUGAAUAACAAGGUCAUAGAACACUUUUUGAAAGAAAAAUACAAUCUGGAGUCUAAUAGAAUGAGACUGUACAGGGCUAAGUGGAGAGCAAGGGAAGAAUUUGAAGGAAGUCAUGUAAAGUCCUAUAAGAAGGUGGAAAAAUAUGGGGAGAUGGUCCGGGAAAAGAACAAGGAAAAUGCUUAUGUGAUCCAAUACCAGAAUGGAUGCAAAUCUGGAUAUGAGAUUGGUGGAGUCCCUGUAGUACUUCCACAGUUCAAGCACUUGUUUAUAUGUUUUGAUGCUUGUAAACAAGGCUUUUUGAAGGGUUGUAGGCCAUUCUUAGGCCUUGAUGGCUGCCAUUUGAAGGGGGCAUUUGGUGGAGUGUUAGUGGCUACUGUUUCAGUUGAAGGAAAUAAUGGCAUAUUUCCAGUUGCAUAUGGUGUUGUUCAAUCUGAAGACAAGGACAGCUGGCUAUUCUUCUUCUAUCACUUAAGAGAAACCCUGGAGAGGAAUAGAGAUACAGUCACAACCCCUGAUAUACCAAUCACAUUUAUGACAGACAAACAAAAGGGUCUUAUUGAAGCAAUAUCAAUCAUCUACCCUGAAGCAAACCAUAGACACUGCAGUAGACAUUUAUACAAUAACUUCAAGAAGCAAUUUGGAGGUGGGCCAGCAUUGAGGGGUUAUUUCUGGGCUACCAUCAAAGCAUACAAUGUGUAUGACUUUCAGAAGGCUAUGAAUGGGAUAAAAGAAGAAAAGAAAGAAGCUUAUGAUUGGUUGAUGAAGACUCCAGUUCAGAUGUGGGCAAGGCAUGCAUUUGAUCACAGAGCCAAAAGUGAUCACAUAACCAACAAUAUGACCGAGUCAUUCAACCAGUGGAUUGCACCCAUAUGGAGCAAACCAAUCCUUACAAUGAUUGACCAAAUUAGGCUGAAAUUGAUACCACCAGUUGCUGGAGGAGACAAGUAUGAGGUACAAGAUGGCUCUCAUAGGUAUGUGGUGGACCUAGGAAAUCUAACAUGUGAAUGUGGGAUCUACAUGGCAACUGGGUUACCAUGUAGACAUGUAGGUGCAUGCACUCAAUUUAACAAGGUUCCAGUCCUGCACUAUUGUCAUGCAUAUUACACAACAAAGACAUAUCUCCUAGCUGAUGGGGGAGUAAUUGAUCCAUUAUCUGAUCCUAAUACUUUGGAAGACACUAAUCUACUUCCUCCACCACUUAAAUGGUCAAUUGGCAGACCAAAUAGAUCAAGGAGGAGGGAACCUGAUGAAGCCCGUAAAGAAGAUAUAAGGAAGAGGUCCACCACUGUUAGAUGUAGUAAAUGUCAUUCCUUUAAUCAUAACAAAAGGACAUGCAAAGGAGGACCAGUAAAAGGCAAGAGACCAUCUACUUCAAAAACUAUUGGUGUCAAGAGGAAAGCAAGUAGUAAUAUACAUGUUGAUACUACACCCUCUCAGAGGGUUACCAGAUCAUCUCAACAAUCUCAACAAUCUUCUACAUCUGCACUUACAACUGAACAAGAUAAGGUUCAAAAAAGAAUGGAAGUCAAGGCUGCUAAACUGAAGGCAAAGAGAGAUGGCCAAAGAAAGCCAUAA